CACUGGCUCACUGUCUGAGUCUGUUUGAGUUGCAACAUUCCUUCGACAGCUUCGUAAGGAUUCAAAGUGUUCUCGCUGUAUCUGACCUUUAAAUUACAACUCGUUUUGAAUAAAAUAAGAAAUUUCGACGUGAACAACAAUGCAAUGAACUCUAUCGGAAGUAUUAUGAAGAGCUGAAAAAUAAUCAAGAGAGCCCAGAUGUUCCGUGAAGUUGUGCGUGCGUCACUCAUAAGCCUAGAGCCUGAGAACGCGCUUUCUUGUCACGGACUCCAUUUAUUAUCCGGAUUCAUGCAAAGUUAUCUGGAAUGAACUAGACAUGUGGAUCAUGUAGUCGCUUGAAAUAGGAAUUACGCGUCUGCUGUCUUCGUACCUGGAAUACCUGCGUGACAGGUUACCCAUGUUAACAUUGGACGUCUUUUUAAAUGUUGUUUUUUUAUUUUAUUGUUGUUAUUAUCUAUGUGUUUUUAUGUGUUGCUUCUAAUAUGGAGAACGGAAAAUGUGCUUUAUGUUAUCGUGAGACUCACAGCCGUCUGGGUAGAUAAUCUGAGAAGAGGAUGAGAUAUCAGUUCCAAUGCACAGGAUCCUCUGGAUUUUUCGCAAGUAAUCGGAAUGAGAUUUUGGGCUAAUUUUGCGCAGAGAAUACAGUUUUGUUAAUUUAUUAUUCCCAUUUAUUGCGUUAACGGCUGCAAUCGUCGAACAGCUCGUUUAACUGAAUACUCGAGAUGGCCGCGAUCGCCAGUUCUCUGAUCCGACAAAAACGCCAGGCGCGGGAAUCCAACAGCGAUCGGGUAUCUACCUCUAAACGCCGACCCAGUCCCAGCAAAGACCCCCGCUCUCUCUGCAAGCGACAUUUCCUGGGGGUCUUCAGUAAAGUCCGCUUCUGCAGCGGCAAGAAAAUACCUGUUCGCCGGCGACCAGAUGCGCCCUCGAAACCUCCACAGGUGUCCCGUAAGGGCAUCAGGCUAGAGCCGCAGCUGAAAGGCAUUGUGACACGACUGUUCAGCCAGCAGGGUUUUUACCUGCAGAUGCAGCCAGAUGGAACCAUCGAUGGCAUCAAGGAUGAGAACAGCGACUACACUCUUUUCAACCUCAUCCCUGUCGGCUUAAGGGUGGUGGCCAUUCAGGGAGUCAAAGCAGGUUUCUACAUCGGAAUGAAUGCAGAGGGCUUCCUCUACAGCUCAGAGAUGUUCACACCUGAAUGUAAAUUCAAGGAGUCUGUGUUUGAGAACUACUACGUGAUCUACUCAUCCACCAUGUACCGUCAACAGGAGUCAGGUCGAGCCUGGUUCCUGGGCCUCACCAAGGAGGGUCAGGUCAUGAAAGGCAACCGAGUAAAGAAAACCAAGCCCUCUUCACACUUUGUACCAAGACCCAUUGAAGUUUGCAUGUACAGAGAACCUUCACUGCAUGAGAUUGAAGAGAAGCAACGCUCCAGGAAAAGCUCAGGAACCCCAACAAUGAACGGAGGCAAAGUGGUCAACCAGAACUCCACAUAACAGGGCCCAAAUGCAGGAGGCUACUGAGAGAGAGUAGCCCUUUCCCCUUGCCCUUACCCUCCAACCACAGGAAUAGUACAACACACUACAAUAAGAUGAAAACUGAACUCUUGCCUGAGAAAACUUUUAGAAGAACAC